AUGCCGGAGGCGCCGCCAGCGGCGACCGAGCAAUCGCCGAGCGGAGGUGGCUCCGCGGAUUCGGCCAACACGGGGGGCGGAGCCAAGAGGCGGGAUGAAAAACCCCCGAAACCCCCACAGACGGUCGAGGAGGCUCGUUACGAGCUCAACAUGGUGCAACCUUGGCGGGAGGCAACGACCGUGAGGGACGCGUGGCGCCUCUGGACCUCGUGCACCAGCGCCGAGGACACCCGCCGUCUGUGCGACAGGUUCACAGAGCCGGGAUUCGUCGACCGCCACACCCUCCUCGCUGGCGCGACACAGGGAGCACUCGGGAAGAGGGUGCGACGCAUGAUGAAGGUCAUAGAUGCAGUGCGCCUUCUUCGCUGCAGCGACGGCGAGGCCGACACAGAAGCCUGCGUCGACACUCUUAACAAGAUCGCGGCGCCGGGCAUUUGGAUCUUCUCCGACGCCCUCACUGUGCUCAACGCGGACACCUUGCCGACUUACUCCAAGGAGUCGGGUAAGGGCGUCAAGGGGCUCGGCAAGUUGGAAGCCUUUAAGCUCCGUGUCGCGUGUGCGUUUGUGGCUCGCGGGCUUAAGCCGCAAAAAUGGGUCGGCGACCUGUUUCCAGACACCUGGGAGGAGCAGAUGGCGACGACGGUGGCCGACUUGGCCAAGGAGAACGCCGUUGGGCAGCGGCCUCCGACCAAGGCGCCGGCUAAGCGUAAGAAGACCGCGUGA